GGAAAUGUAAAAACAAAAACCAUAGGGGAGUGUUUUGUGUCAGGCUUCACAGAGUGUGUAUCUAUGGGAAUCCACCACCAGCGACACAAACACACAGCAGGCGAGCAAGUAACUAUACAACCCUUGCGUACUUUAAAAAAACAUGUCCAUCAGUGUGCUUCUAUAAGCCACCUGACAACUUCAGUCUGCUGUCAACAAAAUAGCAGCUGUUAUAUUAUCUGAUAGUGGUUUAUGAGGCUGGUAGCCGUACAGUAACGCACUGAAUGGCGAAGAAAAUAGCGACGCGGCUAACGUUAGUCUGAAGCUGCGACUAGCAACCGAACAAGAUGAUGCGACGUCAGUGGUUUUUACUCAAAUCUGCGGUUGAAUUAACGUGUUCUACUGGAUAAAACACUGUAGUGGCGACAUAGGUUAAUAUCUUUCAGAAUACGACUAGUUAGCGGGCUAUCUGGCUGUAAAUCAAGUGCAACUGAAACUGAAAGGGUGUUGUUGUUGUUGUUAGCCGGGCCAACUCGUCACAUUGCUUUAUACUCCAGCUUAUUUCGUCGGUUGGGAUCUUUUCUAUCUGACAAAAUGGCAACAGGCUCCAGUUUUCAUUCCGGAGGGAGUGGGUCUAGAAACGGACCAUCUUUCGCAUCGCCAUCCUCCUCCUCCUCCUCAUCCUCUGGGAUGCCAGGACAGGCUCAGCCGAUGGCGGUGGUUUGGGAAUGGCAGGAUGAUCUGGGCUUCUGGAGGCCUUACACUGGACAGGUGAGCAGCUUUAUCGAGCAGUGUCUCCAACAUCAGAGAGGAGCAUCGACCCCCAGCAGCAGCAGCAACAACAUCAGCAUCUGUCUGGCUCAGGCGGACCCCAGCCUGUCUGCCUACAUCAUCGACAUCCCCAACCUCAAACAGUUCAGACAGGACACCGGAAAGAUGCGCACCGUUCGGCGAUCCCUGUUCCCGCAGUCUUCUGCCCUGGGCAGUGGCGUUCUCUGGGAGUGGGCCAAUGAUGAGGGAGGGUGGACGGCGUACGAGAUCCGAACCUCCAUUUUGCUGGAGCACAGCUACCAGGCAGGACAGGCCACAGCUGACUUGAGCCCACAGGGCUACAACUACAUUGUGGACCUCACCGCUCUAGAGCAAGUCAACAAGACUUCUAGCUUCAGGCGGCGCGUCAGGCGGCAAGGCAGCAUGCCGUAUCCUCUCACGUCUGGGUCGGUUAUUCACUCGGGCCCGGCCUGUACCUGUCACCAGUGCGUGAGCAAUAGCAGCACCGCCGGACCCAUGCUGAGCCGGUCACGGCAUUCCUUCUCCGCGGGGCAAGCCAGCAGACCAAGCCUUCAGACGCAACUUGGAAGACUUCCUGGAACCAGCUCGUCUUCAGCCUACUCGCCCUACCCCAGAAGACCUCUCUCGAUGGGGAACCUGUUAUGGAACAGCCCAUGGAGCACCCCCACCUCAGUGGCUCAUCCCACAGGACAGCCGCAGGCUUUUGGUCAUCACGCAAAUGGCUUAAGCAUCCCAACCAUCCCUCUACACAUGAACGGAUCCAGUAUUGUAAACUCGGCGCUGGCAGGCAUGGCUUCCAUUUUGAUGUCUGCCGCAGGACUGGGAGUUCGCUUCAUGACCGCCCCCUUCUCCCAUCGUGGCUCCAGCAGGCCCACCAAAGGCCAGGCCAGCUCCGUUAAGAGGGCAAAGAGACAGUCCAGGACAGCUCCGGCUCAGAAACCAGAGGAAGUCAUCAAGAAAUACAUGGAGGAAGUGCCUGUGGUUCCAGAUGAGGACUGUAUUAUCUGUAUGGAGCGCCUGGCCUGCCCGUCUGGUUAUGAGGUCCCAGCUGAGUGCUCUCAGACUCUUCAGCCCAACACUGUGGGCAAAUUCACUAAAUGUGGACACACCUUCCACAUGCCCUGCAUGCUGGCCAUGUACAACAAUGGAACCAAGGACGGGAGCCUGCAGUGCCCCUCAUGUAAGACAAUUUAUGGAGAGAAGACCGGCACCCAACCAAAGGGCAACAUGGAUAUCUAUAGUAUUCCUCAGUCUUUGCCUGGACACCCAGACUGCGGCACUAUACAAAUCAUUUACAACAUCCCGCCCGGAAUACAGGGCCCUGAGCACCCAAACCCAGGACAGCCGUAUACGUGCAGAGGAUUCCCGCGCUUCUGUUUCCUUCCUGACAAUGACAAAGGCAGAAAGGUGCUGGAGCUGCUGAAGGUGGCGUGGACACGACGCCUCAUCUUCACCGUGGGCACUUCCAGCACCACAGGGGAGCCUGACACCGUCAUCUGGAACGAGAUCCACCACAAGACGGAGAUGAUGUCCAACGUCUCCGGCCACGGCUACCCCGACCCCAACUACCUGGACAAUGUGCUCUCAGAACUGGCUUCACAGGGCGUGACGGAGGACUGCCUGAAACGAGACGCUCAGAGCCAAGGGGCUCAUAGUUCAGGCAUGUGAAACUGACCAUUCCAUCCGCUGUAGAUCUAACAAAGCUUGACGAAAAGGGAAAACUAGAGUUAUGAUGUUUUGGCGAGAGGUUCGGAUGAAAGGGCAAGGGUCGGCGGCAACUUCCUUCAUCUGGCUGAGUCUAGAAUAUUAGAUGGGGUCCCUGGCUUCGUGGUCAUCUGUACUUUCACCGUAUUGUAAGGCAGCUAUAGAUGGUUCUGCACGAAUGGCUCCGUCUUAGAUUGACCCCUGAAUCUCGAGCCAAGAGGAGACUCGCUCUCUGACGCCUCAUUCAUCUCAAAAUAUGAUUCAUCAUAGGGCCGUGAUGUCCUUCAUGACGCACUGCAUUACAGUAGAACACAAUGAUGCUCAUUCUAUUGCUGGGAAUCGAUACA